UUACGUGCCCUGAGGUACUCUUUCUAGGUGCUCUGAUUUUUUUGUGGGGCUUUGCUUUUGUGUUUUGUUGUUAUUUAUGUGGCAUUGCAUAAACAAUCGUACUACUGUUUCCCUUGGACGCCCACGAAUAUAAUGCAGUUAUUUUAGUGAAUAAGAGCCAAAAACAUGGCUGGAAUAGCACUGGGGAACCUCGUCAGCGCACCUGGAGGUUGCUAUAGCAGAGUUUGCCAUUUGUGAAUGUGAAAUCGAACAGCCAAAAGCACACGACUAGUGGUAGUGGAUCGGCAUCGGUGAAACCCCAAUUAGUCGAAUCCACAUUCGUACCAGGAUAUUGUGAUAAACCGGGCUUAGCUGCGUGUAUAUAUAAUUUAUUAACUUGCGGUCAUUCCAUUCCCCCACCCACAAAGUGCAAUACACGAAACCUCGAACAACCGCUUGGUGAAGCAGAGAGCAGCGAAAGUGAAAAUCAGAACGAAUCAAAGGAAGCCGCACGUGCGUCGGAGUGUUUUGACCGGUGCGUGUUUAUGAAAUAAUGUUUGUCGAAUGUUACCAUUUGUGAACGGUGUCGGGGAAAAGUAACAACAACGGUGUGCAAAUUACGAGUGCAGUUCUAAAUUGAGGCUCUGUUUAGCAAAAAGUUGGUUUUGGGAUUGUGGAAUACCUGUACGAAAGCAGCGCAAGAUGGAAUUUCGGUUCAACUGUCACCCGCUGUUCAGGCAGCGCAUAGUGCGGAUCAACAACUCACUCCUGCCGACCGGAUUCGUGGCACAACACAGGCGAGAAGCUCUAGAUGCCACCGCACAAAUCUCCGAAAUCAUCAAUUUUGUUGGUCAGUUGUCCGCACAAGCACAAGGAUUGUCGAAUCCGGUGACAACCUCACAAAAGCUGCGAAGUUCCGACCAUCACAUCUACCUGAUGUUUGAAUCAAAUCAGAAGCAUGGACUGGUCGUUGGUAUUCUGAAAGUUGGCCGUAAAUCCCUGUACGUGUUCGACCAGAAUGGCGAGACGGUGAAUGUGACGGCGCCGUGCGUGUUGGACUUUUACGUUCACGAAUCGCGACAGCGUGGCGGAUUGGGUCGGGAGCUGUUCGAACACAUGCUCAAAGAGGAAAACAUCCACCCGGAGGAGAUGGCCAUCGAUCGACCGUCGGAGAAGUUGCUUGGAUUCCUGCAGAAGCAUUAUGGACUCUACAAGAAGAUACCGCAAAUGAACAACUUCGUCGUUUACGAAGGUUUCUUCGCGAACAAGGAGCACGCCUCUGACAUCGACGGCCGCCGCAUGCACAUUACCGCUAGUCCUAACACAAACCUUUUCGGGCCCACAUUCACCACCGUGGGGGAACAGAGGAGGUCCAGCUCGCAGACCCGUCAACCGGUUAUAUCCCCGCCAGUCGUUCAGCAACCCCCGGUGGGUCGCUAUGCGGCAAAACGACCUUCCUGCAGUAUGGCUCAGAUAAUUCAUAACAGCCCCACAACGGUUUCCACGGAGCCCAAUAGCACCUCUCCUUCUUCCACUAACAACCAUCAUGCGCCUCCAGCUACUUCCGCUAACAAUAAUGACUACGAAAACCAUCAUCACGAUCAUGAUCAUCCCCAUCACGACUCGAACGAGUAUGACCACCAGCAGGAAACGAACCCGGACCAACAGCCCGGCAGCAACGGUGACGGAGUUGCCGAGGAGGUUCUAUCGGCCAACUUGCGGAAUCUGUCCAUGUCGGAACCGCCCACCGACUUCACCGAUUAUCACGCCAAUCACCAUCAUCAGCAGCAGCAGGUGAAAUUUGCCGACGAAUAUGCAGACAUACCGGAACCGGAUGCCGAUCCGGAUCCAUACAGCUUCCACCCGCAUCACCUCGAGCUUUCGCAGCACCAGUCUCCCCACCAGGAGAUGAUGACUAAUCGUGAAAAUUCUGCUUCUCCUCAAUCGAUCAGCCAGCAGCAGACGCCGGAGCAUCCGGGCCUGAAGAAACCGAUCCGGUACUCCAAACAGCACACUGGCCUGAAGAAUAUGUCCUCCGGGGUAGGCGCCGCCGUUAUGCCCUCGGGAAAGAUGGAAUUCGAUCAGGAGGAGAACGAGGGAUUCGGAUCGGUGAAAAUAAACCGUCCGAUUGGAAAAUCAAGCACUCGGAACAGUCUUUCCGGAGAUAAUGAUAAUGAGUCGGUUCACUCGAAGGGUUCCGACAGUAGCCAUCUGACCGAUCAUGGUCAUUUCGAUCUGAAAUUCUACCACAACAAGUUGUGGUAAACCAUUCCCAAAUGCACUCCAUGCAGAAUCACGAUUUUGUAUUGAUGUAACAUAUUAACCAAUUGAUCUCUAAUGAAAAAUCUGAUACUGAAUCUCGUAUUUACCAAAAAAAAAACGGAGGCUGCAUGCAUGAUAGUCAGAGUAGCAUAUCUCUCGCAUUUGAAAACUAAAAAACCUGAAGAAAAUCCUUAGCCGUAUUGUUGUGUAGAUGUCGACGCUUGUUGUACCUAGUUGAACUGUUGAGUUACCGUCAGCUCAAAUAUUUCUGUUUAAAUCUUGUUUUACGUUACAAGUGAAUAAAUAUCCGAAUUCGUUCUUGUUGAUUUUGUUGCAGAAAUAUUCAGGAAGAUUUUCUGAAAGAUUACAUCAUUCACUGAAAAAGGAAUGUCGAUUAAAUUCCAAAAGUUAUAUUACUAGCACAACUAACGAUAUUGAUGAUAACUCCCAGAACUUCGUUUAAACAUGAUCAAAUCUGAAUGUGCAAUUGAAUGUAAACUAUACCAUUUCGAUAUUAUAUGAUUAUUAUACAACGUGAAGGCUAACAAAUAUAGAACUCGUGCAAAUUUUAGUAUUAAAACAAUAAAACCAAAGAAACCACUUUGAUCAAUAUGUAUUAUUCGAUUUACAGUGCAAAAAUUGAAUCAUGACACAUAAAUAAAAAGAACAACGUCUGGAAAUCAGUAGAUAA